AUGGCAGCAAUCAGUGCUCGGUCUAAAUUGAUUGCUCGUGAUCAUUUAGUAAACAGUUUCAUCAAUCCUCUACCGCAAAAAGACACCUUCAUUCAAGACUACAGUGAUAAUCUUGAUUUGAAAGAGGGUUCAACUAUUGACUUAAAAGCAUACCUAAAUCCCCGAACAUGA